CGACAGUUGAAAGUUAGUUUGGAGUAACACCCAAAACAGUUUACCGAUCACCCGCGCCACAGAACUUGUAAUCAUACGAUGGUGCGCUGGUGGGAUGGCGUCUAAGCUCUUGGACAGACUGCGUCGUACCCUGUUCAAGGAAGGGGCCACCUUGCCAGGGCUUGGGGGGGCGGAGGAGUUCCCCGAAAGCUCGGAGCUGGAGGACGACACGGAGUGCGUCUCAGCGCGCCUCAGUGGCACGCUCAGCUUUGAGGGCGAGAGGACGCUGGACCUCGAGGACACCGGGGAGGCCUCUGGCCCCGACAGCGACUCGGACUACCUGGCAGAGUCCAUGGAGAAUGGGUCCUGCAGCACAGAGGGUGGUCCCCUGGCCCCUCCUCCUCCUCCUGCCCGUGUGACCCUGCUCACCUCACAGAUGCGGGAGAGCUGGCGCAGCUCACAGUCCCAUAGCGUCCCGGAAAAGCUGCUCUUUGAGGUCACUGACGCAGCCGUGGUCCUGGAAGGCUCCUCCAAAUAUGUGCUCUACACCAUCCAUUUGAUCCAGUCGGGGAGGUUUGACCGGGACCCCGCCCUCAUCACGCGCCGCUACACUGAUUUCGAGCGUCUCCACGCCCGGCUGCGCCGUCACCACGGGGACGAAAUGGCGGGCGUGUGCUUUCCCCGCAAGAAGCUGCGGAGGAACUUUGUGGCGGAGACCAUCGCCAAGCGCAGCCGGGCUUUCGAGCAGUACCUGUCCCACCUGCACUCCCUGGCCGAACUCCGCCAUGCACCCAUCUUCCUGGAGUUCUUCUACCUGGGCGACCUGCGGGCGGGGCAGGUGCUGCUGCGGGGGGGGCGCUGCCAGGAGGCGCUGGACUUCUUCCUAAACGCCCUUCGGCUCCAGGAGAAACUGGGCUGCCAGUCCCAGCACCAGCAACGGCCUCACUGGCUCUUCACCCUGCUGGCCCUGGUGGUCUGCUUCCAGGACCUGGAGCAGCUGGAGCAGGCCCAGGAGCACUGCGACCUCGCCCUGCAGGACCUGGACCCUUCCCAACAUGCCCUGCAGCAGAGGAACCUCCACCCGCUCCUCAUCCCCCUCCUGCAGGCCAAUGUCCACCUGUCCUGGAAGAUCUCCAAGGACAAGCGGCGGUGGGAGGCUCUGCUGCUGGAGAUCCAGGACGCAGGGGUGGAAACAGGCAACCUGCCCAGCCUGAAGGAGUACCUGGUGAAGGAGAUCCUGGAGGACAGUGAGGGGGUCAAAGGUGACAGCACAUAAAACCACCAUCUGGAUAAGCAGUUGUCGCAGACUCGGGAUGGCCAUGAGAGAAUUGUUUAUUUGUUGUUCUUCAUUUUGUACAGGGCUUGUAGACACACUGCUGUCUUCAAUUGUGCACCGCAACAACAAAGUUAAAUGCACCUUGUUGUAUGAAUCAGACCUGGGUCAAAUACGAAAUUGUUUUGGAUUCAAAUAGUUUUCUGUGUACGAUUGAUCUUUUCUGGUGCAGUUGAGCCAACCAAGCUCAAUAAAUGAUAGAAAAGUAUUUUAAUCCAAAAAAUGUACAUACUUGACCCAGGUCUAAUAUGAAUUGAUGAAGGCAGAAAAUCUGCUUCUUAAUAAAUAGGAAAUAUGGGCUCUUUAGUCCUACACUCUGUCCAUCUUACAGACUCUGCUCAUGUAGGGUGCAAAGGUAUUCUUGGGGCUUGAAUAAUUGAUUUUAUCUUUUGUAUGAAAAGGCAACAAAAAGAGUUGAGGUUGCAUUUUAAAAUAUUUUAAAUUUCCAUACCCCAGAGUCAUGCAAAGGGAGCUGCAGCAAGAGGACUGUUCAUUACAGUAAACGAGGGAAACGUAAGAAUAAAGGGAAAACUGACUCCUCAGUGCUCAGGUAGACCAGGUAAACAAGGGUGUUAUGGGAUUGUUUUAAUCCUACCGGAGGAAAAGCAAUGCUGUGAGCCCUAACUUCAUGUUAAGAGCCCUUUGCCUAGUGAAAUUCAAGAGUUGGUGCAAUCUUGGGAUAACCCAAGAGUGGCUUUUUGCAAUUACGACCAAUUAAGGAGAUGGUCAAGUUUGAGAGGUUGUAAAACCAGGACCAAACUGCAGUGCGGUUUUAUUCUUUAAAUGCAGACUUUCUUUAGCUACAGGGUGGUAUACCCAGCUAAGGCUCAAUUUUUACUGCAAUAAUUCACACAAUCUUUCAGACUAAUACCUGGCCGCACAUAUACAUUAGUCUCACAAGCAAUUUGGGCUUGGACUGGCGUGGGCUAUUCUAUAAGAAAGGAGAUCUAAAAUGUAUUUUGUAGAUCCAAAGUUGACAAUAUGGUUUCUAACUACAGGAAGUGAGGUGAGCACAGUGUUGGUUCUGUUUUUACAGCAUAAUCACAUAAUCAUAAUCACUGUGAUACCAACUGCCUUAAUCAAUCAAUAAAGUGCUGAGUAACAACAGCACCUCCUACCCUUCCCUUGGGUCAAGGCUGGGUAGUUCUAGCUCUUCAUUCUUGGUGUUUUUUGUUGAGAUCACAUGUUUUUUGGUAGAUAACACAAUCUUUUGCAGUUAGACUUUAUUUCACACAGUGCGCUACAUAUUCUCUAUCGCUCAGUGUUCUCCGUAUUUGUUGGUUUUUUUGUAUAAUGUCUGUAUACAAAACAUGUUUUACCAAGUGCUUGUAUUUCUCACAGAGAUGAGUUUAGUGCAAUUACCUGCUCAAACAUAGUACUUAUGCUGCUUAGGCUGCUGCUGGAUUUAUGAAAUAUUUUGUUUUAAUAAGUUUUCCCUUUUAUAUAUCGUUACAAACAUACUAAACAGAGAUGAAACAGAGUUGGAUUUUGAUGUAUUGAAAUAACUUCUGUAUUCCGACUGUCUGAAACAGGAUUGAGUCUUGGAAUUACAAAGAUGUAUAUUUUGUCAAUAAAAAUGCA